AUGCAAGCUCUCAAGUUCGAGAAGACUGGGUCCUUCGAUGAGUUGUCUCUGGUUAACAUCGACAAACCCACAGUACAUCCCGGCGAAGCUCUCGUACGCGUCAGAGCUGCCGGUGUCAACGGGUCCGAUGCUGCAGCCGUCUUAGGCAUGCUUCCAUUUGUGACCACCCCGCGCAUUCCUGGCAGAGAUUUCUCCGGGGAAGUCGUUGAAGCGCUGGACGCGUCUGGGGCCUCGAGUCAAGAGUGGAUUGGAGCAGAGGUGUGGGGAACAGGAAGCCAGAGGGGCUUCACUUCGGAUGGAACAUUUUCUCAAUACGUUACUGUCCCUAUCGCUGUAUUGAGCCGGAAGCCAGCAUCUCUCGACCACUCCAGGGCUGGUAGCAUGACCCUGCCGUGGUUAUGUGCCUGGAUUACAGUUGACACUCUUGCGAAUGUCAAGGAGGGAGACAAUGUUAUUAUCAUUGGUGCUCGAGGCGGCAUUGGCUCCGCAGCAGCCCAGCUCUGUAAGGAGCGCGGGGCACGCAUAUUCGGCACGUACAGCUCGCUCGCCAAAGUGACACCCCCGUCAUACGUCACGCCCAUCGAACUAGGCUCUAAAAGCGCCAUCCGCGAGGCCAUAGCCAAGGCAGGACUGCAGAACAAAAUUGAUGUUUUGCUAGACUGUGCCGGCUACGACCAGCCAUUCAAUGACGCAGUUUUCACUAUGACACCAGAUGGUACCGGUCGUGUCGUGGUCAUGGCUGUCCAUGCAAAGGACGGACUGUUCCCCGUCAACCUGCGGACAUUUUAUACAAAGGCCCUUACGUUAAAGGGCAUGAUGUCGAGCAUUCUGGGCCCGUUGGAGGUCAAGGAGGUACUGGAUGACCUUGCGAAGAAAAUUGAUAGUGGGCUGCUAGAGGGGCCGAAGGAAGUCAACGAAGUCGAUAUAAGGAACAUGGACGCUGUGAAGGGUGCUCUGCAGGAGAUUUUAACUCGAGCUGCUCAUGUUCGUUCGGUGAUCGUUCCCUGA